AUGAUUUUUAACUCAAUAUGUGAAAAUUCAGUUGAUCAAACACUAAUAAAAAAAAUAUUAGAAGAAAAUAAAAAAUUGGCAAAUUCAGAAACCAAAAGACUAGAAUUACAAUCCAAACGUUUAGAUUUGGAAAGAAUGAAAAAGGAAUAUGCACAGGUAAAAGAAAAUUAUAAACGUAAUUUAGAAACGUUGACAAGAACCAAUAACCAACACAUCCAAAUGAUGAAUGAAACGGGACUAAAUAAGAAUAGAAUUCUAAUAAUCGACAAUGUGGAAAUAGAAGCUCAGAAUGCCUCAAUAGAAUUCAAUAGCGCUAUAGAAGCCAAUAAAAUUCUCAAGAAGGAAAACACAGAAUCUCCUAUAACUAUUAUUGUAGGGGUUAAUAUUUCAUCCAACAAUUCGGACAUAAAGGGUAACUUAAAUAUUCAAAGAAGAUCUACGGAUUAUAUGAAUCAAAAUAUCUCAUUAGAUGACCGGAUUAAACGGGAUAAACUUAAUUUUGAUGGUCGAUGGAAGAAAUUUUAA